CUCUCGGUCCCCCACUCUUGCUCAGACGGAUGAGGAGAGUCCGGAAAGAGAGCAGUCAUGUACGUAAUUUUCUCUCUCGCUCGCUGAAUCUAAAGGUUAUCAUUAAGACAGAUGUGCCCUGCAGAGUGGUUGCCGUGGAGAUCAUUUUACACCGGAGGAACUAUUUGAUUAAAGAGUGGCUAAGACGGAUUUAAAGCAACUGAGAAAGACGUGGCAAACGCAAAAAAGAGAGUCCCCAAGAAGACAGAACUGAAGAGAAUUAAGGAUAAGAUGCCCCAUUUUGUCGGUCCCACUAUUCAGCAGUAUCUUCAACACAGAGCUCUGUUUCUUAAUUGAUUCCUUAUCAAGGACUCUCCAGGAGUGAUCGGAUACAAUGAUAAUCAAUCAACUUACUUUCCUCCUGUUGUCCUGCUUGCUGGGCUGGAGCAGCGCACUGAUCCGGCCGGUGCCUGGAAUUAGCACGUUGGAUCGGGAUGGACGGACUCUACACCGCACUAAACGGGGAUGGAUGUGGAAUAGUUUCUUUCUCUUAGAGGAGUGGACAGGAACUGGAAAGCAGUAUGUCGGAAAGCUUCACUCAGAUAUGGACACGGAAGAUGGAAGUGUGAAGUAUGUCCUAACCGGAGACGGGGCCGGAACUAUUUUCGAGAUUGAUGAGAACUCGGGUGAUAUCCAUGCCACCAGGAGGCUUGACAGGGAAGAGAAAGCGUUGUACACCCUGAGCGCCAAAGCCGUCAACAAAACCUCUGGACAGGAUCUGGAGAGGGCCUCGGAAUUCAUCAUCAAAAUCCAUGACAUCAAUGACAACGAGCCAAAGUUUGCCAAGGACACCUACGUGGCCAGUGUUUCAGAGAUGUCAAAUGUUGGUGCAUUUGUAACGACAGUUACAGCCACAGAUGCAGAUGAUGAAGCGUAUGGCAACAGCGCCAAGCUGGUUUACAGCAUACUGCAGGGCCAGCCGUAUUUCUCAAUUGAACCUGAAACGGGCACCAUAAGGACGGCGCUUCCGAACAUGAUUCGAGAGAACCGGGAGCACUAUCAGGUGGUGAUUCAGGCUAAGGACAUGGCUGGACAGAUGGGUGGUCUCUCCGGGACUGCUACCGUCAACAUCACCCUUCUGGAUGUCAACAACAGUCCUCCUCGAUUCCCACAUAGUACCUACCAUAUCUCCACUCCAGAGUCGGCCGCAAUCGGAUCAUCGGUGGGCCGGAUCAAAGCGUACGACGCGGAUGUGGGGGAGAACGCCGAGAUGUGGUACUCCAUCCUGGACGGCGACGGGCAAGACAUGUUCAAUAUCAUCACAGACGGCACCAGCCAGGAAGGAGUGAUAACAGUAAAGAAGCAACUAGAUUACGAGAGCAAGAGGUUAUACUCACUCCGGGUGCAGGUGACCAACACGCAUGUAGAUCGACGCUUUGAGCACCUUGGGGCCUUCAGCGACACGGCGAUGGUCCGAAUCACAGUCACGGAUGUGGACGAACCUCCGGUCUUCAGUCGGGCUCUGUACAUUUUCGAGGUGGAUGAAGACACCCCCGCUGGCAGCUCGCUUGGCACGGUGUCAGCUCGGGACCCUGAUAUAAUCAAUCACUUGGUCAAAUACACCAUUGAUCGCCACACAGACCUGGAGAGGCUGUUUAACAUUGAUUCCAACAAUGGAACCAUCAGCACACUACAGGCCCUGGACAGAGAAACUUCCAAAUGGCACAACAUCUCUGUUCUGGCGACAGAACUCAGUACUGCCCUGCAAACCAGAGUGCCGGUGUUUAUCAAAGUGCGAGACGUGAAUGACAAUGCGCCUGAAUUCGCCAUGUACUACGAGACCUUUGUCUGUGAGAAUGUCAGAGCCGGUCAGCUCAUCCAGACCAUAAGUGCUGUGGACACUGAUGAACCUCUUGUUGGGCACAAGUUUGUUUUCAGUCUAAGCACCAUCAAUCCAAACUUCACCAUCUUCGACAAUGAAGACAACACAGCGCGGAUACUGACCCGCCGGGGCGGUUUCAACAGAAGAGAGAUGAGCUCAUACCUGCUGCCUGUCGUCAUCUCAGACAAUGAUUACCCCAUCCAGAGCAGCACCAGCACGCUGACGGUCCGUGUCUGUGCAUGUGACAGCCGUGGGAAUGUGCAGACGUGCAGCACUGAAGCCCUGCUGCUCUCAGCCGGACUCAGCACCGGAGCCCUGGUGGCCAUCUUACUCUGCAUUUUAAUACUACUGAUGAUUGUGGUAUUGUUUGCGGCCCUGCGGCGACAAAAGAAAAAGGAGCCCCUGAUCAUCUCAAAGGAAGACGUCAGGGACAACGUGGUCAGCUACAACGACGAGGGCGGCGGAGAAGAAGACACGCAGGCCUUUGACAUCGGAACUCUGCGGAACCCCGAGGUCAUCGAUACCAACAAGCUCCGCCGGGACAUAAUGCCCGAAAUGCUGUUCCCCUUCCGCCGCACCUCUCCCAUCAAAGACAACACAGACGUGAGAGACUUUAUCAACGGACGGCUGCACGAAAACGACUCGGAUCCCACAGCGCCCCCUUAUGACUCCUUGGCUACCUACGCCUACGAAGGCAACGGCUCUUUGGCGGAGUCUCUGAGUUCUCUGGAAUCAGCCGCCACCGAAGGCGACCAGGAGUUUGAGUAUCUGAGUCACUGGGGUCCACAGUUCAAAAAACUGGCGGAUAUGUAUAUAGGGCAGGAGUCCCAGAGAGAGACUUAAAGCGGAUAUGCAACACAGCACACUUAAAUAUAUCUCAGAGCACUAAAUUAACACAUACAUACUGAAUCUCCCUCUGUUCUCUGCUGUGUAACACAUAUAGACGAAUCGACGAAGACUUGAACGUUGCGCUCAACUCCUGGGAACUCUCUCUUCUCUUUAACUUCUUUGUCUACUUUAACUUUGUCUUCUUCUAAUUCUGGUCUCUCUCAGCCUCUCUCUCUCUCUUUCUUUCUUUCUUUCUUCCCCCCAAAAGAAUCAGUAAAGAUGCCUUUUAAGAUUAGGGACUUGUUGUAAUCAAUGGUGUGGACAAUGUGUUUUAUAACCAAGGUGAGUGAUAGUAGCUUUCUACACUAUUGAUGUUUAUGGCUAAAAAAACACAAAAAUAAUAAUAAAAAAAGCUUAGCUUUUAUUGCAGACCAAGUCUAAAAUAGGUGCAGUAUGUGUAUAAUGUUUUACAAAGUAUGAUCAUUAUGUAAACUACUUGAUAUCUCUGUUUAUGAGGCAGUUUUCCUGUGGAAGGUUUAUAUGGGUUCUGUCAUACUGUGGAUUCAUUUCAGAACAUAGUUAGAGCUGUACAAUGAAUUGUGUACUUGUAGAAUAUCGGUCAUUCUGUUCAUGUUGUUCGAAUGCUGUCGCAUUGUUUUAUACAGUAUUUAUAUUUUUAUACUUAUUUUGAUAAUAAAGUUUUUAAAAUCUUU